UGACGUCACCGCGUUUAUCCUGACGUUUUUGGACUUUGCCCUGGACUGCGCUGGCGGGGAAGUUAGCACAGCAGUGACACAAGCAACAAAAUACCGUGGUUCAUUAAGAUCAGAGAUGGCCCUCACACAAGUGUCUUCCAACAAGUGUGCAGGUGGAUUCCAGAAGGUUUUUGAACAUGACAGCACUGAGCUGAAGUGUAAGAUGAAGUUUGCAGUCUACCUGCCACCCAAGGCUGAGACCAACAAAUGUCCAGUCAUGUACUGGCUCUCUGGCCUGACGUGCACGGAACAGAACUUCAUCACAAAAGCUGGCAGUCAGCUCGCUGCUGCAGAGCACGGCAUCAUCAUCGUAGCUCCAGACACCAGCCCACGUGGCUGUAACAUUGAGGGGGAGGAUGAGAGCUGGGAUUUUGGCACUGGGGCUGGUUUUUACGUCAAUGCUACCCAGGACCCCUGGAAGACCAACUACCGCAUGUACGCCUACGUCACCGAGGAGCUCCCCAAACUGAUCAACGCUAACUUCCCCACCGACCCAGACAGGAUGUCAAUCAGUGGUCACUCCAUGGGCGGCCACGGGGCGCUCAUCUGUGCCCUGAAGAACCCUGGGAAAUACAAGGCUGUGUCUGCGUUUGCACCCAUCUGUAACCCCAUGCAGUGUCCUUGGGGACAGAAAGCCUUCUCAGGAUACCUGGGCUCUGACAGGUCCACGUGGGAGGCGUAUGAUGCCACCGUGCUGGCGGCGGCGUACUCCGGCCCUCAGCUGGACAUCCUCAUCGAUCAGGGCCGUGAUGACCAGUUCCUGUCAGCCAGCCAGCUGCUGCCCGACAACCUGAUCGCCGUCUGCUCCGAGAAGAAAAUCCCCGUCGUCUUCAGACUGCAGCCGGGCUACGACCACAGCUACUUCUUCAUCUACUCCUUCAUGAACGACCACAUCAAGCACCACGCCAAGUACCUCAAUGCCUGAACACAUCUCUGUCCUGUUCACUGCCAUCUAUCAUAAACUUUACAGUUUUUAUUUUGGUCCAACCUCCCUGCACAAUUGAGUAUUAUAUUACAGAAUAUCCUGUAAUAAAGCACUGACAUUUCAGCCCAGUUAAAAGUCUUUGUGCCUUCAGUCUAAACAGCACUUACUGAUGGGGGAAGAGUCACCGUUCAGUGGACAGUGUUUUUCAGACAUCCAAGGAAAUGUUUCUGUGACCUGAUGAUGAUCAUGUAUUUUGCUAAGCUAGCCUCCUGUUGGUGCAGAGACCUGUCAGUGAUCAGUCACAGCUGUAUUUUUCUGAAUAAAAUCCUCAGUUAUUCA